AUGGAGUGCGGACCAAGGAUAGAGGAUGGUUCAAUUCGUGUCGAUGGCACCGAAUUAAACAAGGUGAACUGUUUCAAGUACCUUGGAUCCAAAGUGACUUCCAUAGGCGACAUUGAUCAAGAAGGUCGAGCACGUGUUAAUGCGGCAUGGAUGAAAUGGAAAAUGGCAACAGGGGUACUGUGCAACAAGAAAGUUCCUGUUCGACUGAAGUCGAAGAUCUACAGGACGGCUGUGCGUCCUGUUGCUCUUUACGGAUGCGAGUGCUGGCCGACGACGAAAGCCUUGGAAAGAAUGCUGCACGCUAUGGAGAUGCGGAUGUUGAGGUGGACGAUAGGUGUAACGCUAAAGGAGAAAGUAUCCAACGACACUGUACGUUCCAUCGUCGGCGUCGUCCCGAUAACUGAGAAGAUGAAGGAGGCGCGACUGAGAUGGUUUGGUCACGUCUUGCGGCGGGAGGAAGAUUCUGUUGCCAAAACCGCUCUGAAGCCCGACGUUUCAGGAGUGAGGCCGGGUGGGAGGCCAAAGACUCGCUUGUUAGACCGUGUGAAGCUGGAUGUGAUAGAUGCACGUUUGUGUACGGCUGAUGCAAUGGAUAGAACCAAAUGGAAGACAAGAAGCAGAAAAGCGGACCCUGCAACAACGCGGGACAAACGCUAG